GAAUUUCUGCUUCUUUUUCGCAAGACAUCUUGCUUUCACAUUUGGUUUUGCAAUACAAAUCUGCCCCUCCUUCCGCACACACACACGACGCCACUGUGCCCCGCCAUGGCCCCGCGAUGCUUACUUAUCGGUACGCCGUCGAUCGCAGCGCAUCCUGAGCAACUCGACAAGGUCUACGAAAUCCAUGACCGCAAAUCAACAGACUUGCAGAUGCUGGAUCGCAUCGCGGCUGGUCUCGUCAAUCUGCCCGCCUCUACCUACGAUGUUGUCCUGCUCCUUGCCGACGCCGACGGUACAACUCGCGAAAGCCACAAACUGCUAGCACGCGAUGUUAUGAACAAAGUAGUGGCCGCAUUGAAGGUUGGAGGGGUGCUCAAGAGUCAGGCUGGUCCUCUGCAAGGCUCUGAGAAAACAGAGGCUAUCCUUGCUGGACUCACAGAAACGGCAGAUGGCAUGGCAAAGCCAGAGCAAGAAGAGGCUGUGUCGAUACCGCUGAAGUUUGGCAAGAAGAAGACAGGCGCCAUCAAUGGAACAAAUGGUACAAAUGGCACAGUCAACCCAGACGGUUCUGUCCCACUCAACCUCAAUGGCAAGCGCAACCAGACCGAACCAGCCAAACCAAAUGGUGUAGGUUUCGUGGACUUUAGCGAUGACCUUGACGACCCCAUCAUUACUGGCGAAGAUGACGAUCUGAUUGAUGAAGACGAAUUCAUCACUGAAGCAGACAUGGCCCGGCCUGUUAUUCAACCACCUGAAUGUCAGCCCAAGCCAGGAAAGCGACGACGCGCUUGCAAAGAUUGCACUUGCGGUAUGAAGGAGAAGCUCGAAGCUGAAGACGCUGCUAGACGCGCAUCCGCCGACAAGGCUUUGAAUGCACUCAAACUGGAUGCCGAUGAUCUCGCCGAGGUGGACUUUACAGUGCAGGGCAAGGUGGGCAGCUGCGGGAACUGCGCGCUGGGCGACGCUUUUAGGUGUGAUGGAUGCCCGUAUAUCGGACUACCGGCAUUCAAGCCUGGUGAGGAGGUGCGGUUGCUGAACAAUGAUAUCCAGUUGUAGGUGUCUGUUUGGGUGAGAUUGCAUUGUGUAUGGCGUAUUGGUUGCAAUUAGGGUGAUAUAUAGAUAUGGGGCCACUUGGUAAAUGGCGUACUAGGUCUGAACUUUGCUCAGAUUGACGAGACGAUCAAUGAAGCAUGACUAUCCCAUAGAAGUCCACUCAUGAAUUACAUGGUGUGGCUCUUUGUAUUCCUGCAAGGCCAUAACGAAUUUGAGCCGGAAAGAUUACUGUCAUCCAGACGCUAUAUCAAGACCCUAGACAGCACACAAUCUCAUGCCCCAAUCAUCAACUCCAACUUCAAAGCCGUACGCCCGGGACCAUAGUAAUCAGGCCGGCGCUCAGACUGUUGAAAGCCACAU